UCCACCGACUGACGCGCGGAGAGCCUGGGCGCAGGAGCGCUCUGUCCAUAUAUGGUCAUCUACGUCACGCGAAUGUUCCAUCCCCCUAUUUAACACGGUGCAGACUGGAGUCCCCUUAUCCAGCUCCAAUAGAGCAAGUAGAGCCGCUCUUGUGCAACCAACACCACCACCACCUCCUCCAUUUGAUUCACAGACUUCAAAUUCCCCCUCACAACAAGCAGCUUCCACAGUGAUCAGAUUAAUAACAACAGUAAGCCUGUGAGCACACAGGAGGAGAUACUCCGGAUACUUUGGAUACAGCAGCAGCAACAGGAUCCAUCCUUGCUCCUCUCUCCUCUUCUUUUUUUUUUUUCUUCAACACCUGUGUUUUCCACUUUGAGAACACCCGCUGUGUUGGAUACCUUUUUCUAAAUGUCGGACUGAAUAUAAGUGCUAUGACAGGGAAACUAGCGGAGAAGCUCCCUCUUACCAUGAGCAGUUUAAUAAACACCAUCCCUGACAGUCUCUACCCAGAAGAGGACAUCCCGACGUCUAUGAAUAUUUUCACCAGUACGGAAUCUAUUAACCACUAUUCACAGAUGAACACAGAUAAUAUAAUGGAUCUGGGCAUGGGAAGCGAGAAAUCAACUGCAGAGAUUCAGUAUGGAUCCAGCUUCCAGUCCAAUCGCAGCGGGCAGACUGUCACCUAUCUGGGGAAGUUUGCCUUUGACACUCCUCCGUCAGGUGGCAUCGGUGGCUCCGGCUGGUGCUCUGAUAACAAUAUCAUCAGCCUCGUCAGUGCGGGGAUCCUGGGCGUCUCUCCAUCGCCCGGCACGGUAACGACACAGACAUCGUCCUCCGCAGCCAGCAUGGGUGGGCAGACGUCAGAUAUGGAGCAGGUGUACGGUCCACCACUGCCUGCCUAUUCCACCUGCAGUGACCUGUACCAGGACCAGGUCUCCUUCCACCACAGCCCGGCCACCAGCACGGGUCUAGCCUACCCCGGCAAUGACUAUCACUCCACAUCCAAAGCCUCCAUGGAUGGCAGCCUUUUCUCCAUGAUCCCUGACUACAACCUUUUCCACCAUCAGGGGGAGGUUGGCGUGAUGGAGCACAAGCCCUUCCAGAGCAUGGACCCCAUCCGAGUCAACCCUCCACCCAUCACGCCCCUGGAGACCAUCAGGGCAUUCAAAGACAAGCAGCAAAUUCACCCAGGUUUCAUCGGCGGGCAGCAGCACCCUCCUCAGCACCACCCACCGCCACAGACUCUCACCCUCAAACCCAUCCGACCUCGGAAGUACCCCAACCGUCCCAGCAAAACCCCCGUCCACGAACGGCCACACGCCUGUCCAGCAGAGAACUGCGACAGACGCUUCUCGCGCUCAGACGAGCUCACCCGUCACCUUCGCAUCCACACAGGUCACAAACCUUUCCAGUGCCGAAUAUGCAUGCGCUCCUUCAGCCGGAGUGACCACCUGACCACGCACAUCCGCACGCACACGGGCGAGAAGCCCUUCUCCUGCGAGUUCUGUGGACGCAAGUUUGCCAGAAGUGACGAGCGAAAGAGACACGCAAAGGUGCACCUGAAACAGAAGGACAAGAAGCCAGCUGACAAGAGCAGUGGGGCAGCUGGGAGCCACAGCUCGCCACCUAGCUCCUGUGGGGGGCCAACAGUGGGGACGUCAUGACCGUCACUACGUGCACUUGGACUGGACCCUCACCAUGCCCCAUAAAGAGACUUAAGAAGAAGGGAUCAGGUCCACUAUGAGCAAAAUAGGUGACUCUUUUCCUCUCUUUUACGUCCCCUGCUCUUUUUUAGUUCCUUCUAUUUUAAGAUGGAUGCCUUUAGUUUAAGUAAGAGGGGAAAGGCUGCUACAUGUACGCCCUUCUCUUUCAAGUAACUCAGAGCCUCAGCUACUGUAACACAGCGCCAACACAAAGAAGGGCACUUUGGCACAUUCUGUCCAUAACGCCACUCUGUAGGUUUCUGGGGUGGACACACUUUUGUAAAUUUUACUGAGAAUUUCUAAAUUGGAAGGAAGCCAGAAUCCACCAUAGGAGUCAAAAACAGACAAAAUUACAAUGGUUAAAGGGGUGCGUUGUCUGGGAUGUAUGCAUUAAUAUUAUUAGGCUGUUUAAAAGUGCAAUUGGUUAUAUUUGUGUACUGUCAUGGAUACCUUAUUAGUGGCACUUGACUGUCUUUUUGUUGUUUUCGUUGAGGUGUCGUUUUUUUAUUUUCUAUUUGAAUGUUGUUUUCUCAAAAGAAUGUGCCAAAUGUAUUGUGGUGAUACAGCCAACCUUGUUCUUAUUAUCGUGCCUGACAUUUGCCAAACAUAGCAGUGAUAUCAGCUUAGCACACAUGUUGAGUCAAAGGAAGAAAGAUCCGAUUCAAACACCGCAUCUCAGAUUUAGAUUUAUUUGGUGGAGAUAAUGACUGAAUGGGUUCCACAAAGCAAACCGAUCUUGUCUUGUCCUGUUACCUGUACUUAUAAAUCAAACAUGCCUGCAGCAGUUAAUGCCUUUGCCAACACUUAUUUAUUUGUAGUCACUGAGAGACACUGUGUAUUUUUGUUGCCUUUUUUUUUUUUAUAUGGUGGCUUUGUGUGGUGUUACCAGAUAUAAUUUCUGAUGCUUUUUUUGAAAAGCUCACCAACACUUCAUUUUUUUUUUCAGUUUUCUUGAGUUCUGCAAUUAUAUGCAAUAUAUUCGUGACAUAUGCCAACAACCCGUAAAUCAAAUUAACUAAGAGCACAGUUACACAGGCUGAACUACUUGCAGUAGAUAAAUGACACUGGGUUGCAAACCAGCAGUAUAUGAAAGCAAAGAUGAAUGAAGGAUACACAGUGUAAAAAAAAAAACUUCUUGGUUUAAAUCACCAAACGAUUAGCAGCAUAUGGUGAGAGAAAAAUUAAAAAUGUCCAAAUCUAUGUUUACAUCUUUUCUAUAAUACAGAGAGACUGAGACUGAGUUGUAAACUAAGGACUUGUUGUUUUUUGUACAGUAUACAAACAUGUAUGCAGGUAGCUACAGUAGAAGUUUCACUUUUGUACUCAAAAUGUCAAAUGCAUCAUAACUCAGUAUUAAAUUGUGCAUAUAAUGUGCAUGCCUCCAUGCACACUAUGUAAAUACAAAAUGUCUGCAUAAACAAGAAGUUUCAAUUGACUGAAUACUUGUGCGGAAUGUGUCUUAAAGCUUUUUAGUAAUGUAGUUAUAAUACAGAAUAUUUUGUUGUCAUAGGUCAUUGCAAAAAAUUUCGGAGCACUGUAACGGUGCCAAAUAUGGUGUAUUAUUAUCUUCCAUAAAAGAAAAAAAAAGAAUAAUAGCAUUUGCACCAUUUGUACGUUUUUAAAAGUGGUUUAAGGAAGCACUAAUGUGUUCUCUGAAAUAAACAGUGAGAUUUUUUACAUUUUGUUUAUCUCCAUUAUAGCCGCAAUCAGUUAUUUCAAUUAACACAUCUUCCCCAUUGCAUAGAAAACACCGGUUGCUCUCGGAUAGAUAGGAGACUAAAUGAUUGCAUCCUUUCUUAAACAAUAUUUUCACGUUCCUUAUUGGUCUUUGUCCUUGAUAGAAGGAAAUAGUUAUUAUAUCGUUCAAUGAAACAUUUUGUGUAGGCUUCCAUUAGCUUCUAUGGGGUCUUAAAGGUGUAUUAUAACAGUAUUGACAAAUGCACAACAAUGACCACAUUUGAUAAAACUUACUGAUGCCAGCAAGACUGCAAUAUGGCCCUCUAGAGUGAAAUCAGAUGAGUAAUAACCUUGUGCCAAGAUCAUUUCUGUUUUUACCCUUUAAGUUAAUCACUCAAAUACCAGAUAAACUUCUCCUCCGCAUCUACUUUGACCAACAGUAUUUCUGUUUAUUGCCUGUGCUCUCUGAUUAUUAAUGUAUGCUGUAUGCAUGAGGCAGAGAAAUUAUAAAAACAUUGUUAUCAGUUGGGAAAAAAAAAACAUAUUGUACCAGUCUGUCGACACUGCAAUCAGACUUAAAGAGAAUAUCGACUGACGAAUGCAAAGGUUAAAAGAGAGGUUGAGAAAAACAGUGCCACAGAGAACACAGUGCAUACAGAAAUGAGCUUCCGAGGCCAUGCUUUCCCUUUCCUGUAACAACCAGUUUUCCCUGCUGAGCUUCCUGGCAAGUGUCCACUUAUUUUCCAAUUAAUUUGGCCUCAGAGAGUCUUUUCUCAACUCAUCUACGUGGUUAAAUGAACAGACCUCCUUGCACUUUUUCAGAUUGUUUAACACCCUGUGACAUCAAACUGUAAAUCAAUAGUUUUGCAUCAUAAAAAAAAAAUCCAUUAUUGCAUGGAUGGUCAUCGACAAAUGAAACUUUUCUGAGCUUAUCCCAUUAAAAUGCAACUGAACACACAGCUUAAAAACUUCUUACUGUACACAUGUCUGAUCCCAAAGCUCGAUAAUAACUAAGAUUCAAACAUUUGAUUGGGAUUUGCCAGGUUAAAUCUCGCAAUGAGAAACAGACUGUAACGUAAACAUCAUGUAGCAGACAGCCUCAUGGAGUCAGCCGCACAAAAGAGUAUAUAUAGUAUACGAGGUGAUAGGAAACACAAAAUGUUUAUCUAGAAUAAUUUCAUGUUAGACACUGUUCAUUAUAGACUCUGGAUCCUUUUUAAUUUAUUCGACCAAAAAUUAUGCUCUCGCGUGCUCUUGAUUUGACACUUUGCUGGUGCGUUUUUAAUGAUGAUAUAUAGGAUGUGGCCUCCUCUGAGAGAAAACUGUGUUUAUGUUUGCUUUGUGUUGAUGAACGACGCAGAGUAAGGCGGAGACUACACCAAACUAUUCCCAUGUCUAAAUGAAGCCAUGUAAUUACGACUUUGCAAACUCAAUAUUUCAUCGGUCAUAUCCUCGCACUGUGUGUUGUCACUUUUUUGUUUUGUGACACUUUUGUAAUGGACAGAUAGAUUUUGUAAAAUUUAUAUGAUCCCCCCUGCAUCCUACUCCUUCGAUAUAGUCUGGUGGCUGAACAACAAUACAAGCUGCACCGUGUUCUGCUGAACAAUAGUCCUUCUGUGUAACGUGUGAAUGCUAUAGAUAUAUGUCAAUGAUUUGUUAAACAACCCCCUCUUAAUAAUGCUUCUCCAAGAAUAAUUUAUAUUAUGUUUUUUUAUGUUUUAUUGUCCAGAAGUGGGCGGCUGAACGCUCUGAAAUUGGAAUUUGUCUCAUCCUCGUUCUCUGCUCCAUGUUGGAUCUGAGCCAACAUCAGCAGCCAUCUUUGUGCCAAACUGGGUUGCAGGGUUGGCUGAUCAAAAACAAUAUGAGAUGAGAACUCCACAGGAGAAACAAAUCCUAAAUGUGACCUCAGUCUGCUUGCAGUUGAAGGCAGCCUUGUGCUAAUGUUUGUGUUUAACUGUUUGAUUUUAGUCUCCGUGAAGUUGGCCUUGGGCAGGGCAAUAGGCUUGGGCUCACUCGUGACAAUUAAUAAUUACAAGAUUUGUUUUUUUUUUAAUAAAAAAAACCCCUCACGUUUGAAGAGAUUUCAAUAAUGUGUAGAUAUUAGGCUACUCAUGUCAUCUUAAUGGACUACAGGGUGGCUUCAGGGAUUUUGUGGUCUUCGACGGUGACACCAUGGUGUUCGGAUGGAGUCGAUACUCACUGUUUUCUGUUGUGUUGUGUUUCCUUUUCAUUACAGUAUAUCCUCAUGUUUGCAUGUGCACGGAAAUGCUACCCCCAGAUGCUGUGGGUGGUGCUCAUUUCUUUAUUAUGCAUGAAAAUAAGUCACAUUUGGGUGAAAUGGGAUAACAACAAUUCAAGACAGACAAUUGAAAACACACACACUGGGAUAACUGUUCUGUUGGCUUUUUUCUUUUUUCUUUCUUUCUUUUUUUUUUUAAGAAAACAAGGGGUCUUGUUUAAAAUGUUGUGGAUGUCCUUUAGCCUAUUUCAUGUUUUUAUUACCUUAUAAUAAGGUCAUUUUAUGAUGAGCUGAAUAUUGAAAUGAAUUUUACUAUAUCCUUGUGAUGGGGGGGAGAUGUGCUCCCCAUGUUUACUUGGCACUUCAGUUUGUUGUAAUGCAAUUGUUUUGUUAUUUCUAUGUAAGUACUUGAAUAAAGAAAAAUAUCACUUG